CUCCCAGGUGGUCGGCCUAUGGCCCAAGGUCUCCCUGUAAGACGGGGCUGCUUCCUUCUGGCGGGGGUCCGCAGGAAGCAUGGGGGGGGGGGCAGGGGGGCUGGCUGAAUGCCCACUUCUCCGGACAUUGAUGUGUUGCACAGGUAACCUCUGAAGUGCCAUCUAACCCCAAGGGUCAGGAACCCCUCGAAGUGCCCAGUGUGGGGACUUCCCACUCGGCAGCUUCGGGCUGCUGGGUACUCAGAGUCCUUCCUGGGAAUGUGGCACCGGCCUGGUCACGUCAGGGGCCCUGGCCCUGCCCCCACGCCUGCCCCUCUGGCGCGCAGCCUCCACACCUGCCCUGUGUCUGGAACCCGCUGCCAGCCAUGCCCCCCACCAGCCGCAGUCCUGGAGGCCUCACGGGGCUGCUGGUGUCUCCAGGCAACUUUGGGGUACAGGCCUGACAUCACACCUGCUGAGGUCCCUGAGGACCCGGUGGGGGGCCGCUGAGGGGGCAGGACCUGCGGGACAACAGCCCAGCAGCCCCUCCUCUCUGCCCUUCUGCGGGAAUGACCUCAGCGGCUGCUGGGGCUCCCCAAGAGCACCCAUUGCCUCCCGCGCGGCCCCCAGGCUGCUGUCCCAUAUCGGGGACUCCUGGCUACAAAUGGGGCCUUGGGACAGGGCUGUCAGGGUGAAGGCUGACCAGGCUGGAGGAAUGAGGUAAGGCUCAGGGCCCCCCAAAUGCCCCGAGUGCCCCCCUUGGCCACCAGCAGCCCCGGCCUCAGCCGGCACCCUCCUGGGUCCCUGUGACCUUGGCGGGCACCUGGCAGCCUGGAGGGUCUGGAUGCGGCCCUGUGCCCUGGGCAGAGGGCCGUGUGGGCUGCCGUGUGCCUUGCAGUGGCUCCCAGCUUCCCCCUCCUUGCCCCCUCACGUGGCGCCUGGGCCUCCCGCGCCGCCCCGCCCCCGCCCCCAAGACAGGCACAGGUGAGGCUGCCUGCCAGCCCCUCCUCCCUGGCUCGUCUCUUCCUCCCCCCGGGGUGGCUGAGGUGUGGAGGGAGGGACGCCCAGGCCCUCAGCCACAGGCACUCCCGGCCCUUCCACGGGGACACAGCGGCUCCGCCAUGGGCAGGUGGUACCUGGGUGGCAGCCCCGGGGAGGACGUGGACCCGUUCCACUACGACUAUGAGGCCGUGCGCAAAGGGGGCCUGAUCUUUGCCGGCCUGGCCUUCGUGGUGGGGCUCAUCAUCAUCCUCAGCAAAAGACUCCGCUGCGGGGGCAGAAAGAAGCAUCGGUGA